AUGGCUUCAACAAAUAAUCCAGAACUUCCAACCUUUCACCACCUCAAUAACUCCCAAUCUCAACGAAUUCUCUGGUUCCUCGAAGAGCUUGGAAUCGAGUACAACCUCGUAUGCCACACACGCGUCGAAAGCCGCGCGCCAUCCGAGCUCAAAAAUGUGCACUUUAUGGGGAAAGCCCCCGUCCUGGUUACAUCCGACAAUAUGCCCAUCGCCGAAAGUAGUGCAAUCCUCGGAUACCUGAUAGACACGUACGACAAAGAGGGCAAAUUCACAGCGGAGGACCACGUUCGCGAUGAGAGUUUGACGUCGUUUGCUGGGUCUUCUAUUGGGACUAUCGGCAUGAUUGAGUUGAUAUUUGAUGUUGUGGCUGAGAAAUCUCCGUGGCCAUUGUCAAUUCUACUGGGAGGUGUCAAGUCAAACGUGCAUAAUAAUUUCACGGGGCCGGAAUAUGCGACACAAUUUGAAUAUCUGGAGAAAGAAUUGACAGAUGAAUGGUUCAAUGGGAAGAAUUUGGGAAGGUCAGAUGUGAUGUUAAGUUGGCCGAUGGAUUUAUUGGCUGCAAAGAAAUACGUGGACUUUGAGAAGUACCCAAAGAUUUUGCAGUGGAGGAAGAAGGUACAGGAAAGAGAAGCUUGGAAAAGAUCGAUUGAAAAGGGUAAUGGGUAUGAUUUGGAGAAUAUGUGA